AUGUCUGCUGGCCUGGCGCGACACAGUAGUAAAGGCCGUGGUCAGUGUUUCGUAGGUCAGCGUGCGGUUGGUGAAGGGUUUGGGAAUGAAAAAUAGCCCAUAGGUGGAUUAAGGGUCCAGCUAUCUCAACAUAAGUGUAACGAUUGUGAUUUCUGUGUAGUUAAGUGAUAACUUGGUAAGAUUUGGUACCGGGUCGAUCAGUUGAGUGUUUUGGUGGUUUGACAUCACUAAGAGUACCUUAUUGCUGAGUGAACGAUCAUAUCCUCUUACAUACAACCAUCAAGAACACACCACACUGGGUAGAUCUAACUGAGAUUCAAGAUGCCUGUCCGGAAGCAAGAGGCUCACCGCGCGCUAGAGCUGUUGGAAGACUAUCAUAGUAAGCUGAACAGGCCUCAGGACAAGCAACUCCGAGCAGCGAUCGAACGGGUCAUACGCAUCUUCAAGUCAAGGCUCUUCCAGGCUCUAUUAGGUAAGCCUCGGGUGCAGAAAACUUCAAGUGAGACCAGCCGGAGGGCGGCUCUGUGCGAGGAGAGCCAGAUUCUUUUGGUAAAUUAUUAUGAGAUCCAACUGAAGCGAUUCAAAUAG